ACUAAGUUCGUUGUAGUUGUACAACCUUACCACUACCUCUUCUCUUUCAAUUUUUCAUGUCCAUUUCAAACAUUUUUAUAUAAAUAAACAAACUAUUGCUCUCAGCAUAACAGCACUGUCACACAAAAAUCCUUUCACAGCACCGUGUGUUUGUUCUUCUAAGAGAUUUGUCUUGUUUUCCUGCUCUCCGAAUUCGUUUCUUCUUCUGUUUUUGCUUGUGUUACUUUCAUUCUUGUCUUCGAUAUUUUCCAGUUUCCACUGUUUGUGUAUCCCAGUAAUUAAAUGUAACUGCAAUCUCUUACUCUUCCUUCUUUGGUUUGCUGCAAUCUGCUCUUGUUCCUUUUUUAAGUCUCCUUGCAGAAAAUGUAAAUUUGAUUUCAGAUUAAGGUACCCUUUUUCUUUUCAAUCAAUGCCCAAAUCUUCAAAAGUCUUCUGAACCUUUUCCAUUGUGGUCUCAGUCAUGGAAUCUCGUUAAUCUAUGUCAGAUUCCCAUCUGGGUCUAACUGCCUCAUCUUUGACUUUUGUGUUCUGUUGAUGAACAUUCUUCUCAGUGCUUCUAAAUUGUAGCAAAUGCAGGUUGUGAAGAUGGGUUUUCGUUAGUUGUGUUGGAUUGCCCUCCAUAUCUAUACCUCAAAAACUGAAAUUUGAUUAACCUUAGUUUGAGUGUAUUAACUGUACCAUGUAACUGAAUGCUACCAAUCUGCUUCUACUUGUUGUUUUUGGAAUAAUUUUGGUCUCUAUGGAUAGCAUAUGGAGGGUAAAGUAGAGAAAGGGGUGGUUUAAUUUGGAUCUAGGCUUUGUCAUGGCUGAACGCUAGUUUUCAGCUUUGUGGAGAGUGUCUACUCUUCUUGUCUAGUGUUGACUAUAGCAUAAAAUUUCUAAUAUUCUUUGAGUUUCUCUUGGAUAUGUAAUCCAAUUCCUUUUUGUCCAAUUACUGACUUGUUCUUUUGUUACUCAUAACAAUACAUCCAAAGUUGUUCAUAAAUUAUUUCAAAUGUAAAUUCUUCAACUUGAUUCAUUUAUUCAAUUUAACAAUCAAAAAAUGAGCAUACCUUCUUCCAGCUUUCCUGUUUAGGCUGAUAUUAUGUAGGAUUCUGGUAUCCCUGCCCAGAGUUAUAUUGAUAUCUUCACUUAUGCAACUUUAAUCACUAUGUAAACCUCUAGAGCUCCUUCCAAGUACAUGAUUUUCUUUUUCUUGUUUCUAUCUUUUACCCUAUUAAACAAAAUUUAAGAUCAAUAUCAGUUCCUUGGUAUUCCAAGGCUUUCAUGGAAGAAACAUUUGUUCCCUUCCGUGGGAUUAAGAAUGACCUCAAAGCAAGAAUUACUUGCUACAGACAAGAUUGGACCAGUGGAUUCCAAGCAGGAAUCAGGAUCCUUGCCCCAACUACAUACAUAUUUUUUGCUUCUGCAAUUCCUGUUAUUUCUUUUGGGGAGCAACUGGAGAGAAAUACUGAUGGAAGUCUCACUGCUGUGCAGACUCUUGCAUCAACAGCACUCUGCGGUAUCAUCCACUCAAUCAUUGGAGGGCAGCCUCUCCUCAUACUCGGCGUGGCCGAGCCGACAGUUCUGAUGUAUACAUUCAUGUAUAACUUUGCUAAAGAUCGCAAGGAUUUGGGACACAAACUAUUCCUACCUUGGACUGGAUGGGUGUGUGUUUGGACUGCCUUGUUGCUCUUCUUGCUGGCUAUUCUUGGUGCCUGCUCCAUUAUCAAUAGAUUCACACGCCUUGCUGGUGAAUUAUUUGGUCUGCUAAUUGCAAUGCUCUUUAUGCAGCAGGCUAUAAAGGGACUUGUAGAAGAGUUUGGUGCUCCCAAGAACCAGAGAGAAGGCACCAAUCAGAUUGCACUCCAAUCAUCUUGGCUGUUUGGCAAUGGAAUGUUUGCUUUGGUUUUGUCAUUUGGUCUUCUUUUUACUGGUCUACAAAGCCGCAAAGCUAGAUCCUGGCGUUACGGGACAGGUUGGCUACGGGGAUUUAUAACUGAUUAUGGAGUCCCAUUAAUGGUUCUCAUAUGGACUGGUGUGUCUUACAUACCAGUCAAUGAGGUUCCAAGGGGAAUCCCUAGGAGACUUUUUAGUCCAAACCCAUGGUCUCCUGGUGCAUACUCAAAUUGGACUGUUGUCAAGGAAAUGUUGAAUGUGCCCCCUUUGUAUAUUGUUGGAGCAUUUAUUCCAGCAACUAUGAUUGCUGUGCUUUACUACUUUGAUCAUAGUGUUGCAUCACAACUUGCUCAGCAGAAGGAGUUCAAUCUAAGAAAACCCCCAUCUUAUCAUUAUGACUUGCUGCUCUUGGGCUUCUUGACCAUAUUGUGUGGGCUUAUUGGAAUCCCUCCUUCCAAUGGUGUGAUCCCACAAUCUCCGAUGCAUACAAAGAGCUUAGCUACUCUAAAACAUCAGCUUUUACGGAAUAAGCUUGUAUCUACUGCACGAAAAAGCAUGCGGAGAAAUGUUAACUUGAGCCAGUUAUACCAAAAUAUGAAAGAAGCAUAUGAUGAAAUGCAGACUCCAUUGGUUCCCCAAAUGCCACCAACCUUGGGGCUGAAAGAACUGAAGGAAUCUACCAUUGAACUGGCUUCCAGUCAAGGAUAUAUUGAUGCCCCUGUUGAUGAGGUUGUCUUUGAUGUGAAUAAGGAUGUUGAUGACCUUUUGCCAGUUGAAGUUAAAGAGCAGCGUCUCAGCAAUCUGCUGCAGGCAUUGAUGGUUGCGGCUUGUGUUGCUGCUAUGCCCCUUUUGAAGAAGAUACCAACUUCAGUGCUUUGGGGUUACUUUGCCUUCAUGGCAAUUGAAAGCUUGCCAGGAAAUCAGUUUUGGGAGAGAAUAUUGUAUCUGUUCACUGCUCCUAGUCGAAGAUACAAACUGCUGGAGGAAUACCAUGCCACCUUUGUUGAGACCGUGCCCUUCAAAACAGUUGCCAUGUUUACCGUGUUCCAGACAGUAUACUUGCUUCUCUGCUUUGGCAUAACAUGGAUACCAAUUGCCGGGGUUCUUUUCCCAUUGUUAAUCAUGCUUCUUGUUCCAGUACGGCAAUAUUUUCUUCCAAGGUUCUUUAAAGGUGCGCAUCUUCAAGAGUUGGACGCAGCAGCAUAUGAGGAAGCACCUGCCAUUGCUUUCAACAUGUCCUUUGAAGGUCCAAGUAACCAGGCACCAACAAUCAAUGUGAGUGGUGGGGAGAUUCUAGAUGAAAUCAUCACAAGGAGUCGUGGAGAGAUUCGGCGCACUCAAAGCCCCAAAACAACAAGUUCAACUCCAACUUCAACAGGAGACAUAAGACCAGCUAAUAGCCCUCAUCUAGCAAGAAGGAUUCCCAGCCCUCGAGUUACUGAAUUGAGAGGGGAAAGCAGCCUCGGACCAACUGGGAAGGAGAUCAAGCUAACGCAAACGCCUAGUCCAAGGUCACCAGCUCUUGGAAAACUUACCAAAGAUUCACCUUCAUCCUAAAAUAUUGUGUCAACUAAGUGGUGCUCUAGAGGUCAUGAACUUGGUUUUAAGUUUGUCAUAAAUUGUUGUUGUUGUUGUUGUCGUCUCUUUUUACCUUAUGGUUUUUCAUUUGUUGUUUGAUUGCAACAUUCUUAGCAAUAUAAAAUGGGCAGGGAUGGUAUUGGAUGUUAGUACUUCUUAA